GUACUUAGAGGUAGGUACAUAUCAUGUAGCGUAACGCAGGUUUAAUUGAUCACAUGAUGGCGCAUCGAAGUUACAGCGGGCUAGAUUACCGGGAGACGCGCUAUAAGCAACCCGCCCGCGACGAAAGGUUCCAUUAGGCUGGGAAUGACGGAAGGUACCUAAGUUUCAACUCAGUCGUGCCGUCUGUUUGUCCAUGACGGCCACCAAAUCAGUUGUUUCCUAGAUAUUAAAGUUUUAAGAUUUAAAUCGCCGCGGCCGAACGAAAAAUCAUAUUACAAAUCUUCAUCAUUCGUUUGCCUUCUUCAUGUGAGCAAUUACGCCCACUAGCAGAUGCCGUGCAUCUCACAUCCACCCUAUCGUCAUGGCGCCACCCACAAAACGUCGGAAGCGAAACAUCGUUCAUGCCUCUUCAGACGAUGAAGAAGAGCCAAAGUCGAAGCCUAACACCCUUACCAAUUAUCUCCUUUCUUCGCCUACUCAAAAGUGCGCCUCUGCCACCGAUGCCUCCCGGGCUACAACACCCUCGCCAGGUCCUGCAAGGAAGUCGUCUCGCUUGCUAGCCACUCAACCGUCGAGCUCGACUUCGACUUCUAUGCCUCUUCACCAAAGGAACAAUGGAUUCAGGGGCUUUAGUACGAGUCCGGGGAAGCCCAAGGCCCAGUCAUUUGCAAAAGGGAAACGAGUGGAGAAAGAGAAGACGGCGGAUCUUGUGACUAUGUUUUCUAGACAGGCUCAACGGGUCCCGACGGCGUCUCCGACUAAGAGGGACGAUAUCAUUAGCGAUCCAAUAUCAGACGAUGACGAUGUGGGUGAACACAGGGCGGCAAACACCAGUCGAGUCGGGCAGAACGCCCGUAAGCGCUUUCGGGAUACGCCCCAACCGAGUAGCGGCCCGGCAAUUACAUCGAGUCAAAAAUUCCUCAAACCACCCCGUCCUCAACAGGACCCAACUACGGGCGAUGAGCAACGGCCCUGGUCGGAACGGUUCGGCCCUACGAAUAUAGAAGAGCUUGCAGUUCACAAAAGGAAAGUAGCAGAUGUUCGCCGGUGGCUUGAAGAUGUCAUGGCCGGCCGGAUGCGACAACGGCUUUUAAUUUUGAAGGGCGCUGCCGGAACAGGGAAGACAACCACAGUUCGACUCCUUGCUAAGGACAUGCGCUGUGAACUACUCGAAUGGAGAAACCCUGUUGGCCCCUUAGGCUCAAAUCAAGGGCUCCAGUCAGCUUCGGCGCAGUUUGAAGAAUUCAUGGGAAGGAGUGGAAAAUUCGGUCAAUUAGACAUUGAUCUUGACUCGACUCCUCCGAGUCUCGGCAAACCCGAUAAUAAUGAUAAUAAUACGAAGAAAAUCAUUCUCAUUGAGGAAUUCCCAAACACUUUUACACGCUCGUCAACGGCUUUGACGACCUUUCGAAAUACUAUUUUGCAGUACCUGGCCGCUAAUACGCCAUCUCUCGCUACUUACGGCCGGCCAACUUCCAUAGAUCCCAUCACGCCUAUCGUUAUGAUCAUAUCAGAGACUCUACUUACUACUACCUCGGCGUCUGCGGAUAGCUUUACGGCCUAUCGCUUGCUGGGGCCUGAAAUCACUCGACAUCCGGGCUCUUGCAUUAUAGAGUUUAACGCUAUUGCGCCUACUCUCCUUGCAAGCGCGCUCGAGUUAAUCGUACAGAAAGAGGCGCGGAAGUCUGGACGGCGUCGGACGCCGGGCCCACUUGUUCUAAAGAGGCUGGGCGAAAUAGGGGAUAUAAGAAGCGCAAUCUCCUCACUCGAGUUUCUUUGCCUCAAAGGUGAUGACGAUGCGGACUGGGGCUCAAAGGUAGCCUUCACAAAACCCAAACGCGGAUCUAAGAAUGAAGUAUCCUUGACUAAAGGUGAGGUGGAAAGUCUAGAGCUUGUCUCGCAACGCGAAGCAAGUUUAGGAAUAUUUCAUGCUGUCGGAAAGGUAGUAUACAACAGAAGAGAUGAGCGCCCGAUGAGCCAGCAAACUCUCGAGGGUCAGGCCGAAAUAUUACCUGACUUUAUAGCUCAUCAUUCUAGGCCAAAACGGUCCGAGGUCUCCGUCGAUAGCCUCAUUGAUGAGACUGGGACUGAUACGCACACAUUUAUUUCAGCGCUUCACGAGAACUACGCCCUGUCCUGUGAACCUAGUGGGCCUUCCGAUCCAAAUUCCCCACUUGACUACAUAAACAAUUGCAUCGAGUUCCUUUCCGAGAGCGAUCUACUCUCCCCAUCUUGGGACAUCUUCUUCCGGGGCCGAGGGUUUGGCGCUUCGACAUUCUCGGGACGAGAUUCGGCUAGCCAUGUGCUAAAACAAGAUGAGAUUACUUUUCAGGUCGCGACCAGAGGAUUACUAUUCUCUCUACCAAAUCCGGUGAAGCGAAUCGCGAAAACCUCCGGGCGCGGUGGUAGUGAUGCUUACAAGAUGUUCUAUCCUACAAGCCUCAAACUAUGGCGAGAGAAGGAAGAAAUUGAAGGAGUCGUAGACCACUGGGCAUCAAGAUUGCUAAAAGGGGAUGAGACUGGUCAGAAUCUCACUCAAGGUGCUUCUGCAUUUAGACGGCCCAAGUCAGCAGCAAGCGGCGGUGGAGAUUGGAUCAGUAAACACCAAGCUUCUAUACAACUCAAUAACAGCCAACAAGCCAAAAAGGCCGAACAGAGCCAGGAUCAACAGACAGCCCCGUUACUCUUCCUUGGGAACUCAGCUCGUACGGAAUUGUUACUGGAACGACUGCCAUAUAUGGCCCACAUAGCACGGGGACGUAGAAGCGCAGUAGGUAACGUUCGGUUGAAGGAAAUUGAAAAGGUGACCUCGUUUUCCGGGAUUGGAGAAGCAGCGGACGAUGACGCCCUCGACAGAGAUGAUAAUGUGGAGCAGGCGGGAGAAGCAUGGGCAACUGACAAGCCCACCGAAGAAUCAUCACCACGAAAGAAGAGCAUCGCCUUUGGCAUACGGCAAAAGAGUGAUGUGCCUUCCCUUUCUACCGCGGCGAUACCUUCCAUACAGAAAUUGGUUUUAAGCGACGAUGACAUAGAGGAUGAUUAAUCCACCCAUUUUAUUUUGUCCCAUCCUAAAAUAUGCUACGCAGGAUAUAGCUCACACGGUGCUUUCCAGGCUCAGAUGUCUUGAAAUACUGGCUAUUCCCUCAGGUUAGGCUAUACAUGCAGGUGGAGCGGAUGGCGUUUUGGUGUUGUACGUGGAAAGGGUAGGGAUGUGUAUGUCUAUAUACCUGGUAUGUAUAUAGAAUUGGGAAUUAGGGUCAUUACCUCUGUCGAAGAUUCGAGGAGUUUGUGUAUGAAGAGCGUACCGUUCGGCUGCGGGACGGAGACAAAUCGUAUUCUACUAGAGCAUGUGUCUCAAGUGUAUAAACAGUGUUUUUGACUAGUUUGAUGUGCUUGUUUUCCCUAAUAGCUACCUAAUCCUAG